AUGCCACCCAAACGCAGAACGAGAGCCCCUAAAUUGGCAUCCCAAAGGCCAAAAUCCCCCCCAUCCCCGGAUCAAAAGCCCACGUCCCCAGGCCACGAUAAUAACCUCGAACACGUCAACAUCAAAGUUCCAAAUCAGCCCACAGAUACGCCUACAGAGCCAUUGACACCCGAGGAAAUCCAAAUGCACGAAUCACCACCCGAGACAGAUGAGGAAAUGCCCGAAGAAACGGAGCAUACCAUUGAUGAAACGGGGAAGGUGACAAAACAUGGGUUUGCUGGUGGAUAUAAUGCAAUGAAGUCGUACAAGGGGCAGUAUUACUCUGGUAUGGCGGUUGGGGGUUCGCACACUUGGAACUAUGACCCGGGUGUUUGGAAGGAGACCAAAGAAGAGCCCGAUUUGUGGAGAAUCGAGUAUAAGACUAACAAGAGACGCGCAAGGAAUGCUCCAAAGGGGAGUGGAGCUCCCGUGGGAACAGAGUACCACUGGCUUAUUGUUGGGCAUCAGCAUGUUAAGAAAAUAGACGCCAACACAUAUGAGACUGCCCUUGAGGGAUCAAAGUAUAAGUUGGCGUAUAAAUCUGCCGAUUCGAACUCUUGGUCUGUUCCAACCAUCAAGAAACAGAGAGAGCGAGAGGUCGAGCUACUUGAAGAUGCCAAGUUGCGUGUUCAGGGCCUGCCGCCCGUUUCCGAGAAGGUGAAAGUCGAGAAACAAGAAAAGGGCCAGAAAAGGUUAGACGCAAUGUUUACCCAAGGAAAUGUGACAGGGACGAAGAGAAAAGCUGAAGAAUGAAUUAUUCACGAUUUCAUGGCGUCGUAAGUCAUAAUACUUGUUUGCUUUAGGGUUUGCUUUCGCCUUCAGCGUGGGAGAGCACACGCAGUUGCUGAGGAUGGACGGGCACAAGAGGUGCCCCAAACGAACGAACGUAAAUGGUAGUCGACUAGCACAGAAUGUUGAUGUCGGAGUGCUGACGAUGGCAAGUUAUCAAAGGAUGACAUGUUCUCUUUCUUCGUUUUCAACCAUCCUCACUAGAGCAUCAGCAAUCC